GUGAGACUGAAAACGCAUUAUGGAAGCAGAGGACCAAGUUGUAGCUGGAGAAGUGGUCAGUGACGAUGAAGAAGAAUCUCUAUAUCAAGACAUAGAUCUGCUCCAGAACCAUGGUAUAAAUGUUGCCGACAUAAAAAAGUUAAAACAGUCUGGAAUAUGUACAAUCAAGGGUGUUCAAAUGACAACAAAGAAAAAAUUGUGCACAAUUAAAGGAAUUUCGGAGGCCAAAAUGGAAAAGAUCAAGGAGGCAUGCAAUAAGCUUGCUGAUCCAGGUUUUCUGACCGCUCUUGAGUAUGCCGAUAGAAGAAAGCAGGUUUUUCGUCUGACCACAGGAAGUCAAGAACUGGACAAAUUACUUGGCGGUGGUAUAGAAAGUAUGGCGAUAACAGAAGCAUUUGGUGAAUUCAGAACGGGAAAAACUCAGUUGUCACACACUUUAUGUGUGACUACGCAAUUACCGGGCAAUAACGGUUAUACAGGAGGCAAAGUUGUCUUCAUUGACACAGAAAACACAUUUCGUCCUGACCGACUGAGAGCUAUUGCUGACCGUUUUAAUUUGGACCAAAAUGCCGUAUUAGACAAUGUUUUGUAUGCCAGGGCAUAUACAAGCGAGCAUCAAUAUGAAUUACUAGACUUUGUGGCUGCAAAAUUUUAUGAGGAAUCUGGGGUUUUUAAACUUCUGAUAGUGGAUUCCAUUAUGGCACUCUUUCGCGUCGAUUUUAGCGGUCGUGGAGAGUUAGCAGAUCGGCAGCAAAAACUUGCACAGAUGUUGUCCAGACUUCAGAAAAUAGCUGAAGAAUACAACGUUGCUGUUUUUGUAACAAACCAAAUGACAGCAGAUCCUGGGGCAACAAUGUCUUUUCAAGCAGAUCCUAAGAAACCAAUUGGUGGAAACAUUCUUGCACACGCCUCUACUACGAGACUCAGUCUACGCAAAGGGAGAGGAGAAACCAGAAUUGCUAAAAUAUAUGAUAGCCCUGACCUUCCAGAAAGUGAGGCAACAUUUGCAAUAACUGGCGGGGGAAUCAAUGACGCAAAGGAAUGAACAAGAAUAUGGUCAAAAUAUUCCGUGGACUGAGGAGAAAUAGCAUAAUAUAAAUUAAAUAUUUAUAUAUUGAUUAUAUAUAUUUCUGAAUUACUUCAUUUUUUCUGUAUUUAGAAUGCAAUUAUGACAUAAAUC